GUACUGCCGUGCCGAGUUGUUGUGCUGCUGCAUAUGUUUUAAUGGUUUUUUAUAUUAAAAUAAUUUAUUUUACAAAAUUUAUGAAAACAGCUCAAUUUAUUUCGUUUAGGGAAAUUAUUGUGUUGUCCCAUCACUAAAGCGUAACAAGUGACACUUCUUUUUUUGACGUUUAUAUUUUUGACACGGUAAUAUUUGCGAAAGUUUUGAGUCAGUGAACGUUUGGGAGUUUAAUUGAUUUUAUAGUGCUAUUUACAUAGUGAAAGUAUUAAAAACUUAUGUUGUCGUGAAUAACAAAAUAUAGGAGCAUUUCGUAUGAAUACUACAGAGUUUUUUCUACAAAGAUUUAAAAAAGUUGUCAAGUGAAAGUUUACUUCUACUGUGUUGUGAAUUAAAUAAAUCGUGGCCUCGAAUAAGCAGUUUGGUGGAUCAUAUAAUAGUCCACCGAAUAAUAAGCGGCAGAUGUGUUUAUUAGAAAGGCGAGAAACAAAAAUUCGUCCCCUAAACAUGACUAUAGCUAGGAGAUUGCCUUCUGAAAAUGCAUGUGUAGAAGUUGGACUUCCGAUAAGCAGUUGGUCAUCUAGCGUUGCCUGCUGUCCCAACUGCAGACAUGAGCUGCAUGUCUCCCUGUCUUGUGUCAAGAGCCAGACCACACCGGUGACACCGGUAACCCCACCAUUCAACAUUCAGCCUGCAUACUUUCCACAUUCACCUCUGUGUACCGUGCCUUCAGUGCCUUCAAAAUCCUCACAUUACAAUGAUGAGCUGAAACAACUAGCCAACACACUCAGAGCGCUGCGUCUCUCUGGGUGGUAUUAUGGGAACUUAGACUGGCAGGGUGCAAGAACUCUCCUUAAGGAAGCCAGUGUUGGUGCCUUUUUGAUUCGGGAUUCAGGAGAUAGGAAUUUCAUAUUCUCCUUGUCAGUGCAGACGGAAAGAGGUCCUACGUCAGUAAGGUUGCACUAUGAGCAGGGAUUCUUUAGGUUAGAUUGUGACCGACCACUAGCGAGAUUCAUGCCAAGGUUUCGGUGUGUGGUGGAGUUAGUCCAGCACUAUACUACUAUUGGAGAGCGCGGAGCAGCAGGAACCGUUUGGGUGGACCGAGAGGGAUGCCCUCACUCCCCAGUCCUCCUUAAGACACCAAUGAGACAAUCACCACCAAGUUUACUCCACGCUGCGCGGCUAGCUGUCCACAAAGCAUUAGACUCCAAUCCUCUAACUCCAAAGCUCUGGUGCGCUCCAAAGCACAGGCUUCUGCCACUACCGUCAACACUCAUUGAUUACCUCGGAGAGUAUCCAUACUCAAUCUAACAUAGAUCUGCUUAGCAAAGUGCUGUUAGUGAAUCAAUAAGGUACUAGUCUAGUACGGGAUGCUAGAUAAGGGGCGGGCUCCUUAAAAAGUGCGGUCGCAGAGAAGAUUAAGUUUAAGACCUAAUUCGGGCCAUUGAUAGUGUACGGUUGAAUUAUGUAAUAUAUAUAAAGUACUUACAUUUAUGUAGGUACAUCUAUGGUUACCACAUGGUGUGAAGAAGCUAUAUUAUAAUAAUAUUAUAAAAACUUAAUAGAACAUUUGUCCACCUGGUGUCAAUGAUGUAAUAAAUAAUCUUGUUGUUCUGGUACGGUUGGUACCGUUAAAAAAACAAGAAUCACUUAAAUAUAUAAAUACAAUCAGUUCAUGUGUAAUACUUGAACAUUUAGUAAUGGAAAAUGUGAACUAUCAUAGUUACAGAACAUGGAAGUGAGGUUUAGUAAAGUAAUUAACUCCCCAUAGUCUUAAACUGGGUUUCGGUGAACAAUGACCUGAAGUGUUUGUCAUAUAUAAAAUAAACUAGAUUGUCUCAUCAUUCCAGUGAUGUGAGGUGCACAUAAUAUUUUUGUUAUGCUGUGACUAACCAAUAAGGUGCAAAUCAAACAGGAGAGGGUUUUAUAAUACUUUUGUUAUAGAUUUUUUUAAUUUACAUGGCGGCCAUCUUGGAUUUUUAUAGUAUAGUCGGCAAUAGUCGUUUCAUUUGUUUAUGCCCGCUGAUAUAGAGACAGACAGAAAAAAAGGAAUAAAUUUCCGCUCAAGAUGUGCCAGUACAUGUAUAAGCGUGACGUAACGGGAUAGGAACAGCUACUAUAUUGGUCUGAAAUUUUUUCGGGAUUUGCGUCCGCACUAGAACAUUAGGUGAAUUGUAUUAUUAGUAUUUUAGUAUCGAUUAAGGACUCAAUUAUCAUAUUAUGUAGUUUAAUUGUCUGUAUAUAUAGUGUUUUGUGAAGCAAGACUGAACUUCGGAUUCAGAUUCAUAAUAAUUCAAUGCAAAAUUCAAGUAGUUUUUGUCAUUAAUGUCAACAUUUCUGUAUAAAUAGCGACUACUCUUUCUUACCUACUGCCGAAUCUUGUCUAUUUAAAUUAAGAGAAUCAUCACAUUAUGUAUAGCUUAUUUAUUUAUUAAUCGUCUAAUAUUUAGGUUAAUUGCUAACAAUUUAUAAAUAAUUAUUUGUUCCUAAUCAAAAUUCUAUAUUUGUGGGCAAAUACUCUUUUUAACUAUUAAGGACCUUUUUGCGAAAAUCCCGAAUGGAAUUAUUUGUAUCAACGCGGAUGUCCUUGUUAAUCCAAACAAGUGGAUGUGCCUUAAAUGUCAGAUUUAAACUUUUCGCCGCGGCAGCAAGAUAUUAAGCCAUUCCCGGCCUUAUAAAUUCCCUUAACCGACUGAAUAUUUAAUAUGCCAAUUAAAUAUUAAAACUAUUUCGGACAGAACUACAUUUGAAUGAAAAUAACUAAUUGAUGCGUGGAUAGGAAUUAAUGAUUAUUUAUUUAGUUAAUCUAACUUUGGAACGUCAAAGGCAUGCCAACUUUUUAUAAGUAAACAAAAUUUAAAUUAAUGUUUUGCUGCUAAUCUAUUCGAAAUUAUAUUUAUACCUCAAAUGGUAAUAUUUGCUGUAAUGUGAACCUUAACCUUAACUUAGAUAAUUUCUACAUCUAGAUGUACUAUGACAGCUGUGAAAACGUCGAAAAUACUUGACUUUACAACUACCCUCUAUAUUGAGCAUUUCACGCACACUAACACAAAGUGUCAUACAAAUCGCGAGUGUAAGACGUAGCUUGUCACACACACUAAACUUAUUCUCACACUAAACUCUUGGCCUAUUUCUAUCAGUUAUCUAACAGCAAGAGACUCCAUCUAGAUGUAUAAAUUAUCUAAGUUUUUAAAGGUUUAUUUCUUAAUAAUUGUCAAAAUAGAAAGCUGAUGAGUAAAUUACUUGGUGUUUUUUUAAUACCUACUUGAGCAUUUUUCGUAAAAUCAGUAAAUAAUUUCAUAAUCAGUUGUACAAGAUGUGCCAUCAGAAUCAUGAAACUGAUAAUAAUGUUGAAUGUAUUUGAGGCUGGAAUGUAUAUAUUAUUGUUCGCUUAAACUAUUUAUUUUAACGUUUAAGUUAGAAUUACGUCGCAUUGUACCGGCCAUUUGAUGGUUAUCAUUAUACAUAGCUUAUGUAGGUCUAGUGAGACUUUUAAUAUUACUUUACAAUCUCAGUUAGAAUUAAUACAAAACAUAAUAUAUUAUUUAUAUAUUUGUAAUUGGACAUGUUGACGGCCAUCUUGUGGUUCAGUUUACGCGCCAAAUGAGCCUCUGACAGCUGUCAUUUAGAGUGUCUUGGUUCUUGACACAAGUAACAAGUUGCGUGAAUUGAGAUCGUGUUUAUCGUCAGCCUCAAAAUUAAUCCAUGGUUGCUAAAAUAUGUUAAAACCACAAAAUAAUCGUGACAUAAUACAAAGUAUGUUUAGGUAUAUGUUUAUAUUGUAACGUAUCAAAAGAACUGGAAUAAUCUUAUUUAUACAUAUAAAAAAAUAUACAAUCUGCCUAUUA